UAUAGCGUUCUCGCGCGCCUAACCACCACACGUCACACAGACGCACAGUAAUUUAACUAGUCGUCGCUAGGACCGGACACCCUUUUUUCAAUAUUCGUUUCAUUGUUAUGCGUGUGCGUGAGUGUGUUUUUCAUUGAUAUUAAUACGAUGCGUAAACCUAACACAACUCGCAGUGACCAGCGGGCGGAAUAACGGUCCCGCGCGGUAAUAAUAUCAUAUGUAUAAUAGUAUAAUAUAUAUAAAUAUACAUAUCCGCAGAGCAUAACCGACGGCGAUUGCGCGAGGUGACGUACUUUAUAAUAUUACCGGAGAUUUCGUACCAGACUUUCCGCGGUAACACGUAAUCCGUCGUCAUGGGUUGCAAACGUCAAAUGCUGCUGUGGUCCGCCACAUCGCAAUUCAUCGUCCCGGCCGUCGCGUUGUUCCUCGCCUUACGCUGUUGUGGCUGUUCGACGCCGAUCUGCGACGUACACGAAGACCACCACGAUGACGGACCACUGUACUUAUCGCCCAUGAUACGCGACGGCCGAAUCGACGAGGCGCGGGCCGCGUGCAAAGUGCGCCUGAACGACAGCGCGGCCGCGGGGGUGGACAGUUGCGCCGGUUACCUGACCGUGGACGAGGCGCACGAUUCCAACUUGUUCUUUUGGUUCUUCCCGGCCGCGAGCGGCGACGGUAAGGCACCAGUCGUGCUGUGGCUGCAGGGAGGACCGGGCGCGCCCAGCCUGUACUCGGUGUUCAACGAAAAUGGUCCGUUUUUGGUGGACGAGGUCGGCGGUCUGCUGCGGCGGAACCUCACGUGGACGUCCACGCACUCGAUGCUUUACGUGGACAGUCCGGUGGGCGUGGGGUACAGCUUCACCGGCGACGAAGCUGGUUACACCACCAACCAGACGGCCAUCGCCAAGAAUCUGUACGCCGCGCUGGUGCAGUUCUUCGAGCUGUACCCCGAGUACCGGGACAACGAUUUCUACGCGGCCGGCGAGUCGUACGCGGGCAAGUACGUGCCGGCCGUGUCGUACGCCAUCCACCGGAACAAUGACGGGGCCCGAGUCAAGAUAAACCUCAAGGGACUAGCCAUCGGCAACGGAUUUAUCGACCCCGUGAACCAGAUGGUAUACAGCGAUGUCUUGUUCCAGUACGGGCUUAUCGACGAAGACGGCAAACGAUUGUUCAAGGAACAGGAGGACUUGGCCCGAGAUCGAAUCGCUUCGGGCGAUUACAAGGCCGCGUACGAUGCGAUGACCAGGAUGAUGAUCACCACUCCGUCGCUGUACGGAGAGCUGACUGGCAUGCGGAACAUCUACAACAUGAUGUGGCACAAGAACCCGAUACCGUACGAAGGCGGCCACUGGGACCGGUACGUGCAAUGCCAAGGGCGGGCUGCGUUGCACGUGGGCCGGCGCCCGUGGUCGUCGGUGGACGUGGUUUAUGAGCGGAUGAAGUACGACAUACCACUGUCCGUGGCCCCGUGGCUCGCCGAGCUUCUGGACACCGGUCGGUACCGCGUUCUGCUCUAUUCCGGGCAGUUGGACGUGAUAGUGCCGUACCGUGGCACGGUUAAUGUGGCCAGGGCGCUCCGGUGGGCGGGAGCGGAGCGGUUCAGGAACGCGACGCGUUCCAUCUGGAUGCCCAACUGUUCUUCUAGGUGCCGAACCACCAAGGUGGCCGGUUACGCGACCACGCACGGCCCGCUCACCGUGCUGCUGGUCAGGAACGCCGGUCACAUGGUACCGUACGACCAACCGGCUUGGGCACACAACAUGAUCGAACUAUUCACAUCCGGCGAAUCGUUUCACUGAAACUCUGCUUGGCCGUGACUAACAAUAAAUAAGUUACAAUAUAUAGCUGUGUAGUAUUGAAAGUACUUCCAAACCGCCAUUAAUUGUAACUUUUUCUAUAAAUGUUUGACAAUAUUUUUGAAAGUUUGUUUAUAAAUAUUAUUCGUUAAUUAAUUUAAGGUGUUUUGCAGUUAUUUAUAAAUAGAUUUGAGAUAGUGACCGCAAAAUGAUACGCUGAGGUCAGACUGACGCUUGCAAAAGUUCGUGGUCAUAAUAUAGUUAUAAAUUAUUCAAAGGCAUUGUCGUCGAAGAUUUGGGCGGUCAUCGAACAAUAUUACAGGACUUGUGGGCGCGUGGGUAACUUCUUCGCUGUUUCCAGAAUAUAAUAUAACAAAAUAUAAAUCUUAGUAUGUAUAAUAAAUAAUAUUUAUAAAUGUGGUCAUAUGGAUAGAUCUUAUCACAUUUUCAAAAAUAUGAAAUAACAACAUAAUGUUAAAGCUUAAUUAUAUAUUUAUA